CAAUCUUCUCCAUAAGAGCAAUCAGCAGGAUAUUAGAGAUCUAAGCCGCGAUGUUGGGCAUUUUACGGCACAAAGCUGCUUCCCGCGCAUUAUCUGCUUCGAGUUUAGGUAAAUCUUUGCGUGCGAUUCAACCUGGAUUAUUGAGUCCCAAAGCAUGCUCUGUUGUUGCUGAAGAGAUCUUGAUUCACCCAAGAGGACGUGUUCAGGCUCAGAAUUUCUGCUACCACGUUUUACCCGGGAACUCAAUGAAUUUGAGAGCACAAAGCGGAGUUGCACUUAAUUUUCAUCCAAGUAAACUACAGAAUUUCAGCAGGGAAUAUUGUUCAAGUGGUGGUGAUCUGGUGGAUGUUGUUGUUCCAUUUAUGGCUGAAUCCAUUAGUGAUGGCACACUAGCUACAUUCCUGAAGAAACCUGGUGAUAGAGUAGAAGUUGAUGAGCCUAUUGCUCAGGUUGAAACGGAUAAGGUAACAAUUGAUGUUACUAGUCCUGAAGCUGGUGUAAUACAGGAGUUUGUAGCCAAGGAAGGGGAAACCGUAGAACCAGGUACCAAGGUUGCAAUCAUUUCAAAAUCUGCUGAAGGUGUGGAUCAUGUUGCUCCAUCUGAGAAGCCAUCAGGAAAAGAUACCCCACCACCAUCUUCUUCAGUUGAUGAACAGAAAGAGAAAACAAAGCCAAAAGUUGAAGCUUCUCCUGUCAAGGAAACACCUAAGGAAACUAAAGCUCCUCCCCCUAAAGUCUCUGCUUCUGAACCUCAGCUUCCUCCCAAGGAUAGAGAAAGACGAGUUCCUAUGACCAGGCUCAGGAAAAGAGUCGCUACUCGUUUGAAAGACUCACAAAACACAUUUGCAUUGUUGACAACUUUUAAUGAAGUUGACAUGACAAAUUUGAUGAAACUCCGUUCUGAUUACAAGGAUGCUUUUGUUGAAAAGCAUGGGGUAAAGCUAGGUCUUAUGUCUGGAUUUAUUAAGGCUGCGGUUAGUGCACUACAGAACCAGCCUAUAGUUAAUGCGGUUAUUGACGGUGAUGACAUCAUAUAUAGAGACUACAUAGACAUCAGUAUAGCUGUUGGCACCCCAAAGGGCCUUGUUGUCCCAGUUAUCCGUGAAGCUGGCAAGAUGAAUUUUGCUGAGAUUGAGAAGACAAUUAAUGCACUGGCUAAAAAGGCUAAUGAUGGAACUAUAUCAAUUGAUGAGAUGGCUGGUGGGUCUUUCACAAUAUCAAAUGGUGGUGUUUAUGGAAGUCUUCUGAGUACCCCCAUCAUCAACCCUCCUCAGUCUGCCAUCCUGGGUAUGCACUCAAUUGUGAACCGUCCAAUGGUUGUUGGGGGCAACGUUGUUUCUAGACCGAUGAUGUACAUUGCCUUGACGUACGAUCAUAGGCUGAUUGAUGGGAGAGAGGCAGUGUUCUUUUUGAGAAGGAUAAAAGAUGUGGUUGAAGACCCCCGUCGCUUGCUACUUGAUAUAUGAUAUCUAUGCUUGGUUUGAUUUGGUUUUCAUACUUUUGCCAUGUUCCUGAGUUGACUUCCUCAAAUAUCGAGCAAGAAGAAGAAUAAAUGUACUGAUCCUAAAAUUUUGUAGGGUUUCCAUAUUGCUAUAAAAAAAUAUCAGCCGCAGCUACAACACAUAUAUACUUCCAAAUUGGAGCCCUUUUCUUUGAAAGCCAAUUGGUAGCUGCUUCCAUGUGGGGGCUGCAUUGUUUGAUACGCUUAGGAAUGCAAGGUCUAAAAUCCCUCAUCUGGAAUGUGUACCCAUUGAAUCUGUGGUUAUUUGUUACCCAUUCCCAUUUACUUGUCACAGCAAUACUCAAGCAGUCAAUCCAAUUUUUGAGUACCACUACUAUUUUAUGAAAUUAAUGCCUUUGCCUAGAGAAAAUUCCAAGUACUCAAAUUUCCGGUGCAAGAGUAAGCUUUUUCUGUGACAGGAACUGAAUUCAUUUCAUUAUUAAUAAUAUGAUAUGAUAUACAUGUCUUUGUAGAAGCAUGUGCAAAACUAUUUGCUUGUCAUUUGGCAAACAGACUAUUGAACUGUCAUUUGAAGUCAACAAGAUUUUCUGGGUUUUCAAUUAGUGAGCUGUAUUCAAU